AUGGCGCGUGUGCCCCUAAUUGGGAGGCUGUUCUGGUUCGAGUACCUGGCGCUUUUCGCGUCCCUGGUGCUUGUUCUGCUCGAGACGAUUAUUCAUCUGAUUACUUUCUGUCUUCCAACGCCAAUUAUUCGUUUCUGCUAUGGCCAAUCCAAGUCGCUGUUCAACAGGUUUAUCUCCACCGAGGUACGCGAUAAGCGGACUAAGGAGGAGAUUUUUGCAGCUUCUGUAGCAGAAGCUUCCGACUUUACUGAGAUGUGCUCCCUCUUCGGGUAUGAAGCGGAGGAGCACAUUGUCCAAACUGGAGAUGGGUACCUCCUGGGACUGCACCGAUUGGCAUACCGGAAAGGUGAAGAGGGUAGGCGAGUCAACCAGGGCGUUGGUGGAAUCUGCAAAAAAGUAGUCUACCUCCACCAUGGCCUUCUCAUGUCCAGUGAGGUGUGGGUUGCCCUGACAGACGAGCAGCGGUGUCUGCCAUUCCAAUUGGUUGAGAAGGGCUACGAUGUGUGGCUGGGUAACAAUCGGGGUAACAAAUAUGCGAAGAAAUCCGUGAAGUUCUCGCCAGGCUCCAAUGAGUUCUGGGACUUCUCGAUUGAUCAAUUUGCGUUCCAUGAUAUCCCCAACAGCAUUCAGUACAUUCUCGAAGUGACCGGCCAACCGUCACUCUCAUAUAUCGGGUUCUCGCAAGGUACAGCCCAAGCAUUUGCUACUCUCUCGAUUCAUCCUCUGUUGAACCAGAAGAUUGAUGUCUUUGUGGCACUUGCUCCGGCGAUGGCUCCGUCUGGGCUACGCAACCGCAUUGUCGACUCCCUCAUGAAGGCAUCGCCCGAUUUCUUGUUCCUCUUGUUCGGCCGGCGCAGCAUCCUCUCAUCGACCACCAUGUGGCAAACAAUCCUGUACCCGCCAAUCUAUGUGCGCAUCAUUGACAUGGCCCUCUCCGCCCUUUUCAACUGGAAAUGUCGCAACAUCACACGCACACAGAAGCUGGCCGCCUAUAUGCACCUCUACUCGUUUACCAGCACGAAGUCCGUCGUGCAUUGGUUUCAGAUCAUCCGCAAUAAAAGCUUCCAGUUCUUUGACGACGAAAUCCAUGCCCCCUUCAGUGUCGUCGCAAGCGAGCGUUUCUACAAGCCGGUCAAAUACCCGACCCGCAACAUCAAGACCCCCAUCGUGCUCUUGUAUGGUGGCAGUGACAGCCUCGUCGAUAUUAAAGUCAUGCUUCAAGGCCUGCCGCGCGACACCGUCGCGAAGGCAAUUCCCAAUUAUGAGCACCUCGACUUCUUGUGGGCUUCAGAUGUCGACCGCCAGGUGUUUGGUCAUGUCUUCGCUGCACUUGAAACCCACGGUCGAAGUGCCGUGGUUCCCUUGGAAGUGACUCCCUUUGAUACCCGCCAUGAAGGCCACGUCCUUGUCGAUGGACAUGCCUCCAAUACUUCGGCAUUGCGAAUCCGCUACAAGGACCCGGCUUUUGCUGGAACCUCGUAG